AGGGAACACCGCCGCCCGCACAGUGCCGCCGCGCCGCCUCACGCCACCACCCACAGCCGCGCCCUGCAUGCCGCCCUCACGCCCGUAGGAUAUCCACGUCCCCAUCCCGCCCCUGGCCCGAGUAGCUCCCGCACCGCCGCCCCCACCCCCAGCCGCGGCACGGGCGUGGAGCACUGUGGGCGGCGGCGUGGGCGGGAGCAGCCAUGGAGGGUGUGCAGGGCCUGUGGCGCGCGUUUGGGCGUGGGCGUGGGCUAGGAUGAGGAGGAGGAGCUUUAAGGAGGUGGCCCUUACCCUGCCACACGCCCAACACGCGGAGACACACACACGCAUACACACACACGCAAACACCAACACACACACACGCACGCAAGAUUCAGACGGCCCGGACACAGAAUCCUCGCCUAUUGGGGACGCCACCACGCCCACCAAGACCCAGCACGCCCACACCAAGCCCUUACCGUCCCGCCACGCCACCAAGAGCCCCUCACCCAGCCCCGCCCAGCCAAGCACGCCCAUGGAGGGGGACGAGUUGGACGCGCGGGUGGAGGGUUGGGUGACUGCCCUCAAAGCCGCCCUAGAACUGGAUGUCCGCGCCAGCCACCAGGACGCCCUCGUGGCUUAUAACAGGUUGAAUCGACAAAUUACAAGAGAGGCGAUUUACGAAUAUGAGCAGUUAACGUGUGACCAGAAGAAACUACUGGGCCACGUGUUGACCUGUCUGGACCGCCGUGUGAACCAGCUGCGGGUGAGGUCAGGGCGGGGUCAGGCUAACCGGCAGACACUCUCCUCGGGGUCAAGGUCACCAAGGUCACCCGCCUCCCGCAGCCCUGACCUGGAGGCGGCGACGACAACUGUGGAGACAACGAGGGAGGUGGAGCGGUGCGUGGAGGUGCUGGAGACGAUCGCCCGUAUGAGAGCCAAGGGUCGUGUGCCUGUCGUGCUGGUGUACCGUGAACGCCGCUGCCGCACGCACCACCGCCACCAGGACAAGGGUCGCAGCAACAAGGUGGUGUUCGCUAAGGAGAAGCGUGACUUCCUGAGCCUGCUGGGUCUGCCUGGCUCCAUGAUCUCCGAGAAGGGGCUGGACUUCACGGUGCGCCCCAACACCGCCUCUUCCAAGAAGCGCUUCUCCGCCAGCAGCAGCAGCGAGGGCGGGCGCAGCGCGGCGGGCCAAGAGCUGGAGCCUGACCAGAAAAACGGUGCCGUGGCCACCGAAGCGCCCAGCGAGGAGGGGUCGCCGCGCCACACCCGCCUGCACCAUUACCUGCCCUUCAUCAAGCGAGGUUCCGUCAGUCCCCAGCAUGACUCAGCCUCCUCCUCCACCCACGCCUCCGAGGACGCCUCCGCGCCGCCCUCCUCUACCACGCAGGACGACGAAGGCCCCAGUGUGGACGCGCGCUCCACCCUCAGCUGUGACUCCUGCAGCUCAGACGAGUGCAGCAGCGGCACGGACGGCGAGACGGACCCAGACACGGACGUCGCCGUGCCCGCCGCCUACGUGCACGUGGACACCGCCUCCGCCACGCCCACGCCCACUGACGACGCCACCACGUCCGUGCGCCUGCAGCUGGAGAAGGUCGGCAUCAAGAACACCGGCAGGCUCAUCACGCCCUUCCUCAGGGUCUCCGUCAGGGAUCGCACGGGGGCCUUGGCGUGGGCCGGGGCGGUGCAGGAGACAGCUCAGUGGGAAGUGGUGAACAGAAACUACCUGAGGACGCCCACACACCUCAACCUACAGCGCCCCCUGGAGGAGCUGCCGGAAGAUGGCGCAAUUUUCCUGGAGUUACGCCACCACCAGCCAGACAAGGGCGUUAUAUCCACACUCUGCUACACAUUUCUGGAGAGACAAGAAAUUUCCAACGGAGAAUUUAUAUGUGAGCUGUACAGCCCGCCCGUUGACUACACAAGGAAGGUUCUUCACACGUACACAGAGAAGGCGUUCUUUCUACACCUCGAGUUAGUCCUGCAGGGGCCCGGGGCGGUGACUCUCAAGGGCUCACGGCAGGGGUCAAGGCAGGGCUCAAGGCAGGGGUCACGGCAAGGGUCAAGGCAGGGGUCACGGCAGGGGUCAAGGCAGGGGUCAAGGCAGGGGUCCCGUCACUCAUCCCUUACCAGCUGACCCCUUUCCCCGUCACCACCACCCUUGCAACCCUGAGUAUGGGUGAGAGGAAGUGAGAGGGAGAGGGAGAGGGAGAGGGAGAGAGAAAGGGAGAGGGAAAAGUGAGGUUGUGAGGUAUGGAUUGAGAGAUUAUGAGAGAUUGAGAGAGAGAGAGAGAGAGAGAGAGAGAGAGAGAGAGAGAGAGAGAGAGAGAGAGAGAGAGAGUAUUUUCUUUCUUAAGUAAUUUCUAAAACUAUUAAUUGGUGCUAUUGUAAGUCUAUUAUUCGAUUUAUCUAUCUAUCUAUCUAUCUAUCUAUCUAU